AUGUCAAAACACGUACCUCGCAAAAAACGCAGAACAAUAACCAUCCUCCACCCAGACCUAGGGAUCGGCGGCGCAGAGCGCCUCAUCCUCGACAUUGCGCUGGCUCUGCAAGCGCGCGGACACAAAGUGAAAAUCUAUACGUCGCACCGGGACCGUAGCCACUGCUUCGAGGAGGCGCGCGAUGGCACGCUGGACGUGACUGUGCGCGGAAACACUGUGUUCCCAGAUCAGAUUGCGGGGCGGUUUCGGGUGUUGUUUGCUGUGUUGAGGCAGGUGCAUUUAGUGGUGUGGUUGUUAAUGGCGCGGGAGCGGGGACGGGAGGGAGAUGCGGUUGAUAGGCGGGACAGAAAUGAAGUGGGGGAUGACGACGACGACGAGAAGGAGGAGGAGGAGGAUGUAUAUAUCGUCGACCAGGUACCUGCGUGUGUACCUAUUCUGAAGACCUUUGGACGACUGUUUUCUAAAGCGAGAGGGAAGCAACGCAUCCUCUUUUACUGUCAUUUCCCGGAUCAAUUGCUCGUUAAGCGUGAUGAGGGUGGAGUUAUGCGGCAGCUGAUUAAGGCGUGCUAUCGAUAUCCAUUCGAUUGGUUUGAAGGGUGGGCGAUCAGUGCUGCGGAUAAGGUUGUGGCUAAUUCGAAAUUUACGUGCGGGGUUAUCAGGCAGGUUUUCGGAAAUAGGUUUGGGGAUGUUCGGGUCGUUUAUCCGUGCGUUGAUACGGGGAUUAAGGAUCUUAGAAAACUAGUUGAGGGGAAAAGCCUUUGGGGUGGGAAGAAGAUUCUGCUGAGUAUUAAUCGGUUUGAGAGGAAGAAGGAUAUCGGACUUGCGAUUCGGGCUUAUCAUGGUCUUGGGGAAGAAGGGAGGCAUGGGACACGGUUGGUCAUUGCUGGUGGGUACGAUAACCGCGUACAAGAAAAUGUCCAAUAUCAUACAGAGCUGGACGAUCUAGCCAUUGGCCUGAGCCUAAGAACUGCCACAUCAAAAACAGUUAUAUCUGCCCUGUCCAUCCCCGAUUCGAUAGAGGUCCUCUUCCUGCUCUCGGUGCCGUCCGCAUUUAAACAAACUCUACUUUCAGCAGCAACGCUUCUCAUCUAUACGCCAUCAUAUGAGCAUUUUGGCAUAGUUCCUGUCGAGGCGAUGCGUGUAGGUCUCCCAGUUCUAGCCGUAAACAACGGGGGACCAUUAGAAACAAUUAUAGAGGGGAAAACUGGUUGGCUGAGAGGGGCAAACGCUAUCGAAGAGUGGACAGCAGUGAUGCGCAAAGCGCUCUGGGAAAUAGAUGCGCACGAAGCCGCGGUAAUAGGCGCCAAUGGCAAAGAAAGAGUGGAAAAGGAAUUCUCGCUACAGGCCAUGGGAGACCGACUGGAAGCGGAAAUUGAAGAUAUGUUUGACAAGGAUGCUCGUCCGUUCCUUGGGAUGUGGCGUGUAUUCUUAUUUGGGGUCGCAAUUCUCGGGUUGGAAAUUGCUGUGCUGGUCGCGGCGUUCACAAAAUUGCGAAUAAAAUGA